AUGCAACAGGAUUGCGUGAGCAUUUUGAGGUUAGGUGUAAGAAAAUACCGCAUAACCGUCGUAAGCAAAGUGUGCAAAAUCUGUGAAGUAUUUUUUUACGAAUUGCAUUUGUUUUGUCAGUUAAAAUCUCGGUUAAAAUAUUCUCUAAGCGCUCUGUAUCAAGUUCAAGAUAAUUACUUAUUAUGGAAUCUCAUAUUGACCAUCAAGAUGGCGCUAGCGAUGUUGACAUUCAUCUCAGAGAUCAUGAGGGUGAUAACGAGGAUAACAAUUUUUUUAAAGAAGCUGAAUCUACAUUGAGCGUUAAAAUACCACCAACUUUAAAAAAUUUAUUAUCUGCCUGUGGAUUUGAAAACGAAUCAAUAUUUGCAACUAUUAAUGACGAUAACAUCGCUAAUAUUGAACAAUUUGCUCAAAAUGAGUUGCACCAAAUUAUUGGUAGAGAAGAAUAUCCAAAAUUUUAUGGUAUUUAUUGCAAUAAACCGACGUUAUUUAAAAUACCCAUAGGACAUAAGAAUAUGAUCACUUUGCUCAAAGAUUUUUGCGUAAAAAGGCAAGCUGAAAAAAAGGCAGUUAAAAGAAUGAUGCGACAGCCAGAGCAAAAUAAAACAAAACGCAAAAAAUAUCGUUAUUCCCUAGGUGAUUCCUCGAGUAAUUCCUUCACAUCAACGCAGGAAAACUUCCAAAAAAACGUGAGUGGAAUACGUUCCUGUGAAUCUGAUGCUGGUUUCGAAGAUCCAAACGAAAAUCGAGGCGAAAAUCUCUCCGAGGUGAGCUCCGAGGAUACCUCCAAAUAUGGAACAGAAAAUAAAAUUUUAGAAACAAUCCACCAGUGGGCAAAACGCAAGACGGAUGAGGAACAGUGGAAUCGAUUAAAAAGUUUUCUUAGAAAUAUUUCGGUUCGGUUUAUAGCAGAUGGACAAAAAUGUAUUAUUUCUUGCUUUUGCGGAGCUACGUACACUAUUUCCAAAUUCUUCAAAAGAAAUUCUAAAUGUGAACGAUGGAUUUAUUCCAAUUUUCAGACACACCUGUUAAAAAAGCA